AGUUUCUUUGGAUUCGGACAAUCUGCUGGCUUGGAGAUUAUUUUAAAUGGUGCAGAGACUCGUAAAACAGCAGAAAUAAAAUCUGAAGAUGGCAAAAAGGAACGACAUUUUCUUUACUACGAUGGAGAAACUGUUUCUGGAAAGGUUAUUGUGAGUUUGAGAAAAGCCGGAAAGUUGGAGCAUCAAGGUGUUAAAGUUGAGUUUAUCGGACAAAUAGAGUUAUAUUAUGACAGAGGGAAUCAUCACGAGUUCACGAGUUUAGUGAAAGAACUCGCAAGACCUGGAGAGCUGACACACAACACGGAAUACACCUUUGAGUUUGCUAAUGUCGAAAAACCCUUUGAGAGUUAUACAGGGUCAAAUGUACGUUUGCGGUAUUUUUUACGAGUUACUAUUGUUAGGAGAUUGAGUGAUUUGGUCAAGGAAUUGGAAUUAGUUGUUCAUACACUUAGUUCUUAUCCUGAUAUGAACAAUCCUAUUAAAAUGGAAGUUGGUAUCGAGGAUUGUUUACAUAUUGAGUUUGAAUAUAAUAAAAGCAAAUAUCAUUUAAAAGAUGUUAUUGUUGGGAAGAUAUACUUUUUACUAGUCAGAAUAAAAAUAAAACACAUGGAGAUAGCAAUAAUUAAAAGAGAAACUACUGGUUCGGGGCCUCACACAUUUACGGAAAAUGAAACAAUAGCUAAAUAUGAAAUAAUGGACGGUGCACCUGUUAAAGGUGAAUCAAUACCAAUAAGAGUAUUUCUAGCUGGAUACGAUCUAACGCCAACGAUGCGUGAUAUCAAUAAGAAAUUUAGUGUAAGGUACUAUUUAAAUCUCGUACUAAUGGAUGAAGAAGAUCGCCGUUACUUCAAACAACAGGAAAUAACCUUGUGGAGAAAAGGUGACAAAAGUAGAAAAUCUCAAACUGCUUCACCACAUUUGCCAUCUCAUCUCGUGUCAGCAGAAACAGGAUUCCCUCAAGGUGCAGCAAUAAAUGGCCCAGCACUGACAUCACCACCUUCUAAUUCCGACGAAGCAGCAGACAAUCAGGACGAUGAUGAUGAUGAUGAUGAAGAGGAUGAUUCAACGUACGAUCAACCAGCUGCGCCGAUCGAAGGAAUGACCCGCGAAGAAGGCGACGGGGAAGGCGAAAAAGAAAUAAAUUCUGAGAAUCAAUGA